CGUAACAGAGUUGAGUUGAGCUAACGAAAUUAUAUGCAAUCAUGUUGGGUUUCUUACUGAACAGAACGUUUCUUUCCAUCGUACGAAUAUGUUUCAAUCUCGGUAUGUGACGAUUAUCGUGUUGUAUUGUUUCACCGUAAUUUACGGUAACGUUGUGAGAAAUGAGGAUAUUUGUGGAACACAUAAUGGCAGACGUUUAUAUCUGGAAUUAGGAGAAAAGGGUAUACUUUAUGCUAAAAAUAUAACCUUCGUGAAAAAUUCACCUAGACAACAAUCAUCUAGAAUUUAUGCGACAAAUAGUUCGCACGAUCAAUGCAGUCUCGAAUUAGUAACCUGUCCUUCGUGUGUUAUAAUUGUUACCUUCAAGAAUAUUGCAUUAUCUCAAAAUUGCGGUGAUGGUGGUGUUAUGAUGGAUAAUCCAUGCAGGUGUGAUUACGUUUGGAUUUCUGAACCACCGUACGAAGAUGUUUCGGGUACACCUUAUUGCGGAUUAUAUUCUCCUAUCAUGUACAGAUCAAGUACCAGAACGUUAUCCAUCACUUUGCUUUACAGUCAAUCUCAUAAACAUGCUUUUACACUCGAAUAUACGGCCGAAAGAAACAGAUUACAUCUUAAAGGAACAGAAAUGAUGACAACUGUUACGAAAGGUUUGAAUAGUACAGGUGGAGGUAUUUUAACGUCUCCAUUUUUUCCAGCUCGAUAUCCAAGAGAUUUAGGUUUGGAAUAUAUAAUAACGUGUCCAUCCGAAGCUCCGUCAUGUAGGAUCAGAAUAUUGUUCAGUGAUUUUCAAUUAGCUACAGUUUCUAUCAUGGAGUUUUAUGAUUGGAAUGGUCAACGACUUGACGUUAGUAGUGGUGCAAGAUUUCGUCCACCGGUGAUAGUGAGUUCCGGUCCUUCUCUUCUGAUAAGAUUUUACGCUAACGGUGGUACAGGACUUGGAUACAAAGCAUUUUAUUCAUUCGUUAUCGGUCAUCUUUACGAUAAAUCAAUUCAACCUAUCACAGAUUGUGGAGGAUACGUUGAAAAUUUAGGUGGUGCGAUUACUAUGAUGGACAUGGUAGGCCAAGGUGUUAAAACUUACGAUUGCGUAUGGUUGAUCAGACCACCGAAAAAUUUUCUACACAUGAAAACACAUAUGUAUUUAAAAGUCGUUGCAUUUGCUGACAUGGCUGGUAAUACAGAAUUGACUAUUAAACAAGGCCCCACUUCAGCCCUUUUACCAUUAGAAAUUUUAAGACAUCCUGUAAGCCAAUUACAACCACUCAGACACAGAGAACACAUAGCACCUGUUACAAGUGGAUUUCACGUUAGCCUUCGUGGUACUUUUGGUCCAACAUCGCAUUUAGCUAUAGCCUAUACCGCUUUUAGUUACAUGGAUUGUUUCACGGGCUCCGACUUUCUGUGUCAAAAUCACAGAUGCAUACCGAGCCAAUUAAAUUGUGACGGAUUUGAUCAUUGUGGAGACAACAGUGAUGAACCAGCUACAUGUUUCAGAGAUUGGGACGUUGAACCUAGGGAUAGAAAAUGGCAUACAAAUAAAGCGAAUUAUUAUUUUCCAAAGAUCGAUCGUUAUCCAGAUUUAAAAACAGCCACGUUGGUUUUCGUUGCGAGUAGUCUUGGCUUGAUAGUUUUGAUAUCAGCUUUAAUAAUAUUAUUAUACAGAAUGGGUGCUAGAGCAAGACAACAAAGAGAAUUGCAAUCACGUUUACAAACAAUCAGUGAAUUAUUGGUGUUUGACAUUACAGAUGGUGCAAGAAUCGAUGAAAUCUCAGUGACGGAUGAUCCACCGGUUUACGAAGCACCACCUGGAUACGACGAAGUUGUUAAACUGAGUUUAGAAUCUGAGAAUGUUGGAAGAAAAAAGAGAAGAAGUUUGAGUCACGAUUCAAGAAGUAGAAGUUCAUCGAGUAGAUGUUCACACGAGCAAGAGGGACAAUUAUCGAUGUGUCUGGAAGGUGCCAGUACCAGUCGUGGUAGUCAAACAACUCCAACAACUUCAACUGGGAGAAAUCCAAGAGUUCCUGAAAGUCCACCACCACCUUACGUUACUCCUCCGGGUUCAAUUGGUAGAAUUGGUCUUCAUAUUUCAGAUAUACCAUCAUCUUCUUCGGGAUCUGCUGAAAUCAGUGACAGUGUUGGAAUCAGAAGAUGUCGAGCACGUCGAGCCUGGUUAAGAACAAGUUGUGAAUUAUCUCGAUCCCAACAACAAAAUGAAGAUCAAUUUAGACAGAUUAAAGAUUCAUCAUCUUCAUCGAUCGAUGCAGAAGUCCUUGGUGCGUAUCUUCAGGACUACAUUGCAUCCUGUUCGAGCUGCACGAUCGACUCCUCUGAUCCACAGUCGAACAACUCUCAGAAUGCAUCGAACGACAUCAAAGAAGAAUCCCAGGUAAUAGGAGAAGACGUAGGGCAAGGAGAAGACAAGGAACAUCAGGUGGACGACGUCGUUGGUAAUUCGUUGAAUGGAAGUACAGAUGGGUGUUCUUGUGAGGGUGCCUGUGGAUGUGCCAAUAAUCAAAUGGUUUUAAUCAACGAAUCAACGAUCAAUCAGAACCAACAAGAAAAUGGUUCAAUGAACGAAGAUUUGGAGCAAACGGUGACGAUGACUGACGAUGAAUCGGAAAGGAAACAAAUGAGGAGAGAAAAUGAAGAAGACGAGGAUGAUACAUCGUCACCUAAAAAUGCAAUUAUCAAACUUUUAGGUAAUAGUUGUUCCAGACAUAGCAGAUCAUCGUCAAUCAGUAACGUAAAUUCGACAGCUAUAUCCACAGCAGCUUCAACUCCUUACGGUACAUUAGGAAAAUCCUUUAGGAAAGUAUCCGUCUGUUCUCGUGACAGUUUUGCAACUAAAAUAUCAACCAUCAGUGUUUGCAAUAGCUGCGAGAAACUUCACGAUGAAUUUCAAUUUGUCUCAGAAGCAGCAAGCGUUAUAGGUGCUACGAAUCCAAGUACCAUGGCUAAUACACCUAUCAGUACACCUAAGAUCAUCAAUCUUCAACGUAGACGAGUUAGAAGAUAUUCAAGUUGCGAUUUGGAAAGUUUCUAUGAGAGUAUCAAAGUUUUGGAUUCUUACCUUGCUCAUAGAGGAACAUCAUCGAAUCAUCAAGCACCACGUAGACAAUCAACCAUUGCGGUUAUGCUAUUUGGUACUCCUGAACAUUCUGGUAGACGUUUAACUGGCAUUUCUAGAUCUGCUGAUGGAACAAUAAGAACUCGUACACGUAUAUGGCAUUCCAACGAUGAUACUUUGUUUAAUUAAUUAAUUUAUUAUUUUUUUUUUUUUUUCCUAUAAAUAAUUUACUCCAGGACAGUUUUUGUUUUUCUUUUUAUUUUUAUUGUAAAUGAAAUUUUCAAGAUAAAUAUGAACAUUUUUGCAAAGAGUUUUAUCAUAAUAUAUAUAUAUAUAUAUAUACAUACAUACAAAAUUAUUGCGAAAUAAACAAA